AUGAAGGCAGGACAUUUUGAAAUGGUCACCGUGCUGCUGGCACCUAUGAUUCUAAUGGACAUCUUCCAGGUACAAGCUGAAAUGUUAGAUAUGGCAGAUAACGCAUUUGAUGACGAAUACCUGAAAUGCACUGACAGGAUGGAAAUCAAAUAUGUUCCCCAAUUGCUCAAGGAGGAAAAAGCAAGCCUCCAGCUCUUGGAAGAUGUGUGGGAAAGUGCAGAAGCCAAGUGGGAAGCUCGGAAGACUCAGCUCUUUCUCCCAAUGGGUUUUAAGGAUAACCAUGGAAUAGCCCUGAUGGCAUAUGUUUCUGAAGCUCAGGAGCAAACUUCCUUUUACCAUCUGUUCAAUGAAGCUGGGAAAAUGGCUGGCCGGUCUCGAAAAGAUUAUGUCUAUGGCUUCCAGUUCAAAGCUUUUCAUUUUUACCUGACAAAAGCUCUGCAGUUGCUGAGAAGAUCUUGUGAGAACAGUUACAAAAACGUGGUGUAUAGCGUAAGGCAGACUACUUUAUUUACAUUUGGAGGACUAAACCAAGUCCGAUUUGGCCAUUUCACUUUGGCAUAUUCAACCAAACCUCAAGUUGCUAAUGACCAAGACGUUCUGUUAACCAUCAACACAUGCUUUGGAAUUGCCGUUGAAAAAUUUUUUGAUAAAGAAAGUGAAAGAAUUAUUUUAAUACCUCUGAAUGAGGUUUUUCAUGUGUCACAGGGUGGGGCUGGCAAUAACCUUAUCCUUCAAAGCACAAACAAGACCUGCAGCCAUUAUGAGUGUGCAUUUCUAGGUGGACUAAAAACUGCAAAUUGUGUUGAGAACAUGGAAUAUUUUCAACACAUCAGUGUCUACAACUCUGGUAAUGAGAAAAAGCAGAAACUUGAAGACCCUGGAACGAAAAGCCAGGAGUCCACAGUCUUACCUGGUAUGAAGAGCCAAGAAGCCACCCAAAUACCUGGAAUGAAAACUCCAGAACCAUUUUCACUACCUGGAAUAAAAAUGUUACAACUGGGUGAAAAACCUGAAGACAAAAGUCAAGAUAUCGACAGUCCUGCUCCAGCUCCAGGUCCAGUUCCAGGUCCCAAAACCCAUAUCUCUGCAUCAUCUGGCAAAAUGCUCCUUCCACCGUUUGGGACAUUCAUCAUUUUAAUCAGUGUUUCUGCUCUAAAUCUCUGUUGCUCUGUAGUGUGA